AUGGGCACCGAGGGGUGUGCGCUCAGACAGCAUCGCAUCGUCAAUCUACACCCGACGGACACUGGACUCGAGCGUACAGGUGCUGUUGUCUUCAGAGCCAACUGCAUUAUGGAGCAGAAGAUAAAUGAGGGUCCUAACAACACAUCCCCUCAAAAGCAGAUGAAGAACCGCUCUAAGUCUAUAGAGGGGACGCAACAAAUGAGGAAGGGCAUUUCUUCACAGAAAUCCCUUCCAUGCAGACCAGAGCUGGAAAAGGUUAAGGAGUGUCCCCUAGAUUCUGACACGCCAUCCUCCUCCAUCGAGCAGCUGAAGUGA